UCUUACUACUAAUAGUAGUAGCACUAAAAGUUGUAGGCGCCUUCUUAUCCGAGCUGCCCACCUUUCCUUCUCCCCUUAUCUUCUCCGGCUCCUCAUUCCAUUUCCCUACAACUGUAAGCCCACCUUGUCUUUUUCCUGCUUUUCAAGUUAAACACAAUCCUCCAAAACCCCAGUCCUUGUUUGAUGUUCCCCUAACAUAUAUAAGCCUUUCGCAUUACUCUUACUAGGAAACAGGAUUUUCUUCCAAAGGAUCUCGAGACGCGAAAUUCUCGCAAGAAACCGUCUGUCUUUUUUUUGUUGAGCUCCAGCAAGAGCUAGCCUAGCAACAUAUGAGAAGCUAUGACACGUUAUCAAAGAUUCCUCUCAACAGCUCAGGCUCCGCCGCCAGAGGCAGUGACCGUGGAGUCUGACCUUGUGGUGAUAUUAGCAGCUCUCCUUUGCGCAUUGAUAUGCGUGGUGGGUCUCAUAGCGGUGGCGCGCUGUGCAUGUCUCCGCCGCCGGAGAACUGCCAACAACAACGCCUCUCAGACCUCAGCCAACAAGGGCCUCAAAAAGAAGGUCCUUCAAUCUCUCCCCAAAGUCACCUACAACAAAGACGCUGCUAUAAGCACUGACACUGUAAAGUUUGCAUCAAUGGAGUGCGCUAUAUGCUUGGGGGAGUUCGCGGAGGGGGAUGAGAUCAGGGUAUUGCCCCAGUGUGGACAUGGCUUCCAUGUGGGUUGUGUAGACACCUGGCUAGGCUCCCACUCCUCGUGCCCCUCGUGUCGUCAGAUACUGGUGGUCGCCAGGUGUCACAAGUGCGGCCAAUUUCCUCCGGGGACCGGGACCGCUGUUUCUGAAGCUGAAAUGAAGGCCCUCGAAGAUAAUCGCAAUGCCACUAACUCUUUCUUGCCGUAACCGUGUGUAACAAUCAGCCUGGAUUUUCAUUUGCCAAGUCUAGUCUCCAUCUAAUCUUUGUUUAUUUACGUAUCUCUGUGGAGUGCUGGAAACGUACUACUAGUUGUUUAGAGAGUAUUAAUUAUUAUCUUUUUUACGAAUGGAUUUCCAGGCACCAGCUUACAAUCAAUA